AUUUACAUUGUAUGUAAUCAUCAGGACAGUGAUCAUGGUUUUGGUAAAGCUUGCGUUAAGUUAUUUUUUUGUUUGGCAAUUGGUGUAAGUUCUUUGCCAUCAACUGAUGUUACCAACCUGAAAAUAAUAAAGAGAAUGAGACAAUUUAAGUGUUUGAGUGGAGCUGAUUUCAUUAUAUGAUGCCUACUCACAGCAGUCAAAAACAGCAUUUGUUAUCCGUUUUUCCCCCCUUCUUUUAUUAGGUUUAUGCGAACACGGUAUGAUGUACUUUGCCCCGGCAGGUUCAUCGUUUGUAAACUUAUUGAAAUAUGAAUAUUAAUAUAGACAGACAUCAAACACCAGUCGCCGUAUUUACUCUGGGCACUCGGGCGUUUCGAAUAAAUACUCACCACACACUAUACAUUCAAGUGACGUCAUAUAGGCCACACCAACACAGCUUUUGAGUUAUGAAAUUUACAAUAAGUUAUCUCUGCACGCAAUUUUGUCAGAUGUUAUUCUUUCGCUCUGAUCACGGACUAUACCUGCGGUACCGACCGGUUACUCUCUAAACCGUUCGUGCUAAUAAGUCCUUGUUAUGAGGCAAACUCUAGCUGCAAUUUAAGUCUUCGAGGAGUUUGCAGGAUGGAUAUCUUAGCCAAUGAAUCAUCUGGACCUUGCCUGACAUGGUGGUUGGUUUUAGCUGUAGUGACGUUGCUGAUAUUAUAUCUGACAUGGACUUACACGUACUUUCUCCGCAGAGGUGUAAAGGGUCCUCUACCCCUCCCUGUCUUCGGCAAUGUCCUUGGGUGGAGAGAGGGUAUACAGUACGCGAUGGACGACUAUCUCAAGAAAUAUGGAAACUGCUGCGGAUUUUACCAGUUCUUAUCACCGGUUACACUUGUGUCUGAUCCCGAUAUGAUCAAACAAAUAAUGGUGAAGCACUUUGAUCGGUUUCACAACAGAAUGUUUAUUCCUAUAGAUAGUCCAUUAUUGAGUAAAGCCUUGUUCAUCAGCCGUGAUGAACAGUGGAAGAAGCUACGGCAUACUCUUACUCCGGCAUUCAGCGGUAAAAAAAUGAAACUGAUGUCGGAGAUGGUCAAAGAACCGGCAAGCAGACUUGUUAAAAAUUUGAUGGAAGUGUGCGGUGAAGAAAAGCAAGGCACGGCCGAUUUGAAGGAAUUGUUCGGUGCAUAUAUCAUGGAUACGAUAGCAUUAUGUGCGUUUGGAUUAAACGUUGAUUCACAGAAAAACAAAGACGACCCCUUUGUCCGGAAUGCCAAAAGGGUUUUCUCUAGUAUUGACUUUACAUCACCGGCUUUGAUUAUCUACAUGCUUGUAGGUUGGAUCCCAGGAGUACCGGGACUCCUAAGUCUUUUGGGACUGAACGUGUUCCCUGCUGACACCUUAGAAUUCUUCAAAUCGAUAAUAGAUGGAGCUAUAGAACACAGGAGGACAGACAAAUCCACAAAGAACAUUGACUUUCUACAGCUCGUGUUAGAUUCUACCAAAGACAACGAAGGCGAGAACGACGGUGACGACGACAGCCCUCCUACCAACCACACCAACGGAAUGUCCUCAUCAUCAUCCGGCAAUACGGACACAAGGAGAAAAAGACAACCGUUAACACGCUUAGAACUUACAAGCCAGGCUGUAGCCUUCUUCGUAGCUGGGUAUGAAACGACUACAACUGCAUUGUCCCUCACGGCCUACCUCCUCGCCACCAAUCUAGAUCAGCAAGAUCGGCUCAUUGAGGAGAUCGACAGACUGGCGCCCACGGCAGAGGACAUCAACUACGAGAGUCUCAAGAAAUUAGUCUCUGUCGAGAAUUUCAUCAGCGAGUCACUUCGGUUAUACCCACCCGGUGCCGUAAUUGAUAGAGUCUGUAACCAAACCACCACGAUAAACGGUCACGAGUUUCGAGCAGGGGACUCCGUCAGCAUCCCGAUAUGGAGUGUGCAGAGGGAUCCAAAUCACUGGCCUAACCCAGAAAAGUUUGAUCCAGACAGAUUCAAUAAGGAGAACGCAGCCGGUCGAGCUCCCUUGGCUUGGCUUCCAUUCGGUGGUGGCCCUCGCUUCUGUAUCGGGCUCAGGUUUGCUAUGAUGGAAAUCAGAACGGCACUGGUGAUGCUACUUCAGCAGUUCAGACUGGAAGUAGCCCCAGAAACCGAGAUUCCGCCUGUUCUCGGGAAGGCAGGAUUCAUCAAUCCUCCUAAUGGCGUCACUCUCCGGGUCGUGGAAAGAUCUAAAUAACCAAACCUACUCAUCUUCUUUUGAUCCACUAAGGAUGUUAACAAAUGCACCUCUGAACGCACUUUAGUGUGCUUCUUCAUUUCAGCAUUCCAAUCUGCCUCACAUGAAAAAUAAAUACGAAAUUUGGUUUGAAC